UCGGUCCUGGCCGUUGUCGCUGAGCCUUGCGGCUCGGGUGACACUUCCCGCACCUGGGCAGUGCUGGUCGGGGGCUGCUGUCCUUCCUGCCUCUUCCGCAGGCGGGGGUCGCUGGAGAAGUCGCCGGCUGACUUGCGUGUUUCAUCUCCCGACUGUGUCCACUCCCUGCGCUCACCGCCGAUAGCCCCCCUCAGUUAAGUAGGUGUGAAGGUGUUGCGGAUGACAGUUUUGGGUUAAACCUAGAGCCCGGGGAAGAUUUACUGGCCCUUUGUUGUUCAAGUGGUGAGUGGUCCGUUUUAGAACUUGUACGCCUUGAAACAUCUGUUUGCUGUGAUACCUGUUUGCUGCGGGUCCUGGAGAGCCUUGCACGAUCUCAAGCCCAUAUUUAAUCCAAAAUGGUGUCCUCCUGUGACAGCCACGGGCCACUUUGAUAUCAGUUACCGACUAACGAUGCAGUGAUGCACCCUUCUCUCUUGAAAGCGCUAAUUUUUGUCUUCUUUGAAGUCAGAGUUGAGUCACUACUUAAAACAUUUCAGCCUACAGUUGAGCAUGAGUCUUCUUAUGAUUAGUGAGAAUGUAAAAUUGGCUCGUGAAUAUGCGUUGCUGGGAAACUAUGACUCUGCCAUGGUCUAUUAUCAGGGAGUUCUUGACCAAAUGAACAAGUAUCUGUACUCAGUCAAAGAUGCUUACCUCCAGCAGAAAUGGCAACAGGUGUGGCAGGAAAUCAAUGUGGAGGCAAAGCAUGUGAAGGAGAUCAUGAAAACCCUAGAGAGUUUUAAACUGGACAGCACGCCCUUGAAAGCAGCACAGCAUGAGCUUCCAGCUUCCGAGGGAGAAGUCUGGUCCUUACCCGUACCUGUCGAACGAAGACCGUCACCAGGACCUAGGAAACGCCAGUCUCCUCAGUACAGCGAGCCCAAACCACAUGGUAACCGGCCAAGCACAGCUGUCAGAAUCCACCGUCCACCUGCACAGAAUCUGCACAGUGACAAAGGGAAAGCUGUGCGUAGUCGUGAAAAGAAAGAACAGAAUAAAGCAAGAGAGGAAAAGAACAAAUCACCUGCAGCAGUUACAGAGCCAGAGACAAGUAGAUUUGAUAGUACCGGAUACGACAAGGACUUAGUGGAAGCUCUGGAACGAGACAUAAUUUCUCAGAAUCCCAAUGUCCGAUGGGAUGAUAUUGCUGACUUAGUAGAAGCUAAGAAGUUGCUUAAGGAAGCUGUGGUCUUACCAAUGUGGAUGCCAGAAUUUUUUAAGGGCAUUAGGAGACCGUGGAAGGGAGUACUGAUGGUUGGGCCACCUGGCACAGGGAAGACCCUCCUUGCUAAAGCAGUAGCUACAGAAUGCAAGACAACGUUCUUCAAUGUCUCUUCAUCAACUCUGACUUCCAAGUACCGAGGCGAGUCAGAGAAGCUUGUCCGUCUGCUGUUUGAAAUGGCUCGAUUUUAUUCUCCAGCCACCAUAUUUAUUGACGAGAUAGAUUCCAUUUGUAGUCGCAGGGGGACUUCCGAAGAGCACGAAGCCAGCAGAAGGGUGAAGGCAGAGCUCCUGGUGCAGAUGGAUGGUGUUGGAGGUGCUUCUGAAAAUGAUGAUCCUUCCAAAAUGGUAAUGGUUUUGGCAGCCACUAACUUUCCCUGGGAUAUAGAUGAGGCUUUACGGCGACGUCUUGAGAAGCGCAUCUAUAUUCCAUUACCAUCAGCCAAGGGCCGGGAGGAGCUGUUACGGAUCAGUCUGCGUGAGCUGGAGCUGGCCGAUGACGUGGACCUCGCAAGCAUCGCGGAAAACAUGGAGGGCUACUCAGGGGCGGACAUCACCAACGUGUGCAGGGAUGCAUCCUUGAUGGCAAUGAGAAGGCGAAUUGAAGGUCUGACCCCCGAAGAAAUCCGAAAUCUCUCAAGAGAAGAAAUGCACAUGCCUACGACAAUGGAAGACUUUGAGAUGGCUUUAAAGAAGGUUUCCAAGUCGGUAUCUGCUGCAGACAUUGAGAGAUACGAGAAGUGGAUAUUUGAAUUUGGAUCAUGUUAAAUUCUCACAUGUAAAUUGUAAGAAAUUUGCCUUAAGUCUUUGAAAAAUAAGUAAAUGUAGUAUUUCACUAAGUGCUAUAUUUUUUUAAUGUUCUUAAUGGUAAGAUUUAAAGAAAAAGAACAUGAUUCUAAAUAAAGGCAAUUUUUUAAGCUGAA